AUGAAGGAAUUCGCUACAAUUCGCAAAAGGGAGGCCAUUCUGAAGGAAGAGAGGAUCAAAAUUGAAAAGGAUAAGGAACAGAGGAAACGGGAGGAACUUGACAUUUAUAAGAUGAAAACCAUGUUUGAUAUGCUGCAAACUCUGAAGAAUUCGCCUACGCCACUCACUCUUGUAGAAGAGGCGUACAAGAAUUUUUUUACUGGACCAUCAUCAAGUUCAAGUUCAAGUUCAUCUUCUUCAAAUACUGAAGAAUAUGAUCAACUCGUUGAUGAACUCUUCACAUACCAACCCCCAUCUUUUCUCAUGCCCCAAACACAAUCCCAACCCACUACAAAAACACCCAAAGGGGGUGCGAAUAGAAGAGAUAGGGAAAUGGGACAUGCCAGGGAUGCAGCUGGAAGGUUAGGCUUAUCACCUCUGCAAAAAUGUACAGCCGCAAAAAGAAUGUUAGCCUACGGCAUGGCUGCAGACACCGUGGAUGAAUACGUUCGAAUCAGUCAGUCAACCGCUCGAGUUGCCCUUCAAUGUUUUUGUGCCGGGGUCAUUGAUCAGUUCAGAACCGAGUACCUGCGAAACCCUACAACUGAUGAUUUGGCCCGGAUACUGCAUCAAAAUGAACUGCGUGGUUUUCCAAGCAUGAUAGGCAGCAUUGAUUGCAUGCAUUGGGAAUGGAAGAACUGUCCAACGGCUUGGAAAGCGCAGUACGCCGGUAGGAACAAGAAAGCAACGCUAAUACUGGAAGCCGUUGCGGAUCAGGAUUUAUGGAUAUGGCAUUCCUUCUUUGGUAUUCCCGGAUCUUAUAAUGAUCUUAAUGUGUUGUACCGUUCACCAGUGUUCGAUGAGGUUCUGCAUGGUCGAGUUCCUCCGGUAAACUUUACAGUUAACGGCCAUGAAUACAACAUGGCUUAUUACUUAGCCGACGACAUUUAUCCGAAGUGGGCAACUUUUAUUCAGGGCAUCACAUACCCUCAACUUCAGAAGGAUAAAAUGUUCGCUGACCACCAGGCUGCUGCUCGGAAGGACGUUGAAAGAGCUUUCGGUGUUUUGCAAGCUCGAUUUGCAAUAAUACGAAAACCGUCACUGGCGUACGAUGAGGACAUACUGCGGGACAUAAUGAAAGAAUGUAUCAUUAUGCACAACAUGAUUAUUGUUGAAGAUGAGCGCCACAACUACACUCGAGGCGAAGUUCUAAGAAGCUUCUACGAAGCAGAUCAACAAGAAUUAACACCAGCAUCAACGUCUACAACGCCAUUGUUUGAAUUCAACGUAGGCCGACCUACCAACUUUGACUUUAACUCAUUUCUACAAUGA